AUGGAGCCGGACGUUUUACCAGUGUUUUACUUCAACGACCUGCUGUUGACCAAUGUUGGCGACACCAUAGGUCUUAAUUUGUUCGAGCCGCGUUACCUGCUGAUGUGCAAUCGCAUGGCGUCGGAUCCGCGCUUCCUGUUCAUGCCCAACUUUGAGGACUAUCGCUGUGUGCCGGGUGAUGUUGGCUUUGUGGUGAAGCUGACGGGUUUGUGGAAUCAGGCACGUGGCAGCAGCUACGGCGUGCAAGGUUAUGCGGAGCAGUUGGUCGCGGUGUCUUGUGCUUGGGUGGAGCCAGACACGAACGGUCUGCACUACGCGCAGAUUUUCAGACUGGAUGACAAGAAGGCUCCGCUCCAUCACACCGAGGCGCAAGCAUUGGUGAGCGGCUUGAUGCAGCGUGGAUGGACGGCAGAGAGAGAUCAGUUCUCAAAGGCGCAAGUCCGCCGCUUUAGCAUUGGCCAGUCUGAGGUGCUAUGUGGCCGCAACUGGCCUGACCGUGCAUGGAUUCUGGCAUUCCUUGCUGGUGAUGGGCAGAAGCAUCUGCGGGACGCCUGGACAGCAGGGUUGCCUGAACUAGCACAUCCACGCUUCUCCGGGGCAGCCUUUCUGGACCAGGCUGUGCAAUGCUUUCCGCCGGUACUUCAUGGCUGGCCCCUUCAAGAGGUCUUGGAGGACCUGCGCUCGAGUGUCUCAAAUGACGCAGAUGCCGUUCUCGCUCUCAAAAGUAUGAACCGAGGGGAUAGCGAGGUUCCCAGUAGGCAGACGGCGCCCCUCUUGCUGGCCAGCCCUCCCCACAUGACAAAGGACAUGUGGACCCAGCUGCUGAGUGAAGCGCGAUUGGCUCGCGUGUGCGGAAUGCCAGCAUUGAUGCCGACUGUUCGGAUGGAGGUGGAAGUGUCAAGUAGACGCUCCUCUGGCAGUAGGGCUGAAAAUGCUGUCAGGCCAACAAUGCCAAAAGCAGUGAUUUUGCUGGCAAAUGGUUCCAAUGUCGAGCUCCGGGCACUGCCGAAGGACGUGGAAGUCACACCAGAGUCAGCUCGAACUUGUGUUCAAGCACUCCACUGGAAAUUGAACAGGCUGCGCCUGGCCAUUGUCAAGCGGGCUCGGUCUAAAGGCCAGCGCCCAUUAGCCAUGCUGGAGGAUGAUGUUGCCCGACAGAUAUGCGAGUUCGUUGCAUGUCAACCGCAGCGUGUGGCCACAGAAGCUCAGCUGGCCCAUCCUGUUGGUGCAUCGUGA